AUGCGCAUCGCAACACUACAACUCCUCCUAGCCGCUCUCGCAAUGCUAUCUGGCAUUGCAUAUGCAUCAGAAGACCUACCCGAAUGUGCUACGGCUGAUGAUUGUUAUGGCUGCAAUUCUCUGGGAGAACGUCGCUGCUGGUCAGUAAUUUUACCUAGCUACAAAAGAAAAAAGAAUAUGUAAUACUCAGUUGACUUGAGUACUAAUACAGAUCCCUCUACAGGAAUGGGAAUUGUGGUUGUGCAUGAUACUCGAUAUGUAUCAACAAUCCUACAGUGUACCGAUACUCGAAAGGGUAAGUCGGAUAUAUAGAGAUCAGUUGAUUUUGUCUAUUAAUACGUCUGUAGAGAUACAAAAAUGCCGGGAGAUCUUGUCAAGUUACCUACAAACCAAAUCGAUAA